UUUUGGCAAUCUUUUGCGCCUCCAGUCACAGUCACUCUCGAGUAACUAACAGCAGCUUGAGCGUCGUCCGAGAUACCUCGGGACGGGAUUCCAGGUUUCAUUGAGCGGGCUGGGGUGCACAAUCAGAAAACGAAGAAAAACCUCGGUCGCAUCCGACGACAGUGGGCCGAAUUGACAGAUAACGCCACAAACAAAAGGAGAACAAGACAGCCGUUCAACACUCGCACGGCCCUGCCGAUCGCUCAAAAAGUUUCACUUGAGCCCCCGCGCGGGAGCCAGGCCGGCCGGCGCAGGCCUAUCUCCACUAAAACCCCCGGUCAGCCCCCGGUCGUCCAAGCGCCCGCCGAACAUGCCGCCCCGACCCUCGCCGCCAGGGCUCCGCUCAACGCUAUGGCUUUUGUUCGCCGGCUUGGCGGCGCACCGGGCCGUCGCCAUUCCUUUCCCAAAAGAUGAUCUGCACGAGUUCGGCUACGGAUACCUGAUGCCGCGCGGGUGCGCACAGUACUGCGGCAUGGACCACCAGUACUGCUGCGAGGCCGGGUCGCAAUGCUACACCUCCAACGGCAUCGCCGGGUGUACCGCGGCUGCGGGCGGUGGCCUCGCUUGGUACACCACAACCUGGACAGUGACGCAGACGUAUACAAAAACGUACAGCUCCUAUUUCCCUGCCGCUACCGCCCCCGCAGGCUCAGGAAAUUGCGUGCCACCCCCGGGAUCGGGCCAAAUCGCCUGCGGCACAAUCUGCUGCGCGACCUGGCAGUAUUGUGCCCGUGAGGGGCAAUGUAUGCCGAAUCCUUCUGCUGUUGCUGGAGGAGGCGGGGCAGGAGUCACGACCGUCGUCACUGGAGGACAGACAAUCACAACCCAAUACAGCGCUCCAUACCGGGUAACCAGCGGCACGGUGACAUCGACAUCAACAGGCACUGCUGCGGGCGCAUCCGAGACCACGGGUGCUGUGAGCCCCGGUGGCACGGCGGGCGGCCUGAGCGGCGGCGCAAUUGCCGGCAUCGUCGUUGGCACGCUGGCCGGCGUGGCUCUGCUUCUCCUGCUUUGCGCCUGCUGCGUCGUUCGCGGUCUGUGGCACGGCCUGCUGGCUCUCCUGGGCAUCCGCAAGAAGAAGGAGACCAAGACGGUCAUUGAAGAAGAGCGCUACACCCGGCACGGCCGGCGAGAGGGGCACGGAUCCUGGUACGGCGGCCGCCCCAGCACGGCAGCAUCCCGAAAGGAGAAGAGUAAAGGUGCGGGCUUGCUCGGCAUCGGAGCCGCCCUCGGCACGCUGGCGCUAUUACUGGGCUUGAGGCGGGACAAGAAGAAGAAGGCGGCGACAAAGACGAGGAGCGAUUUCAGUAGCAGCUCAUGGUCCGAGUCUUAUACAGCAAGUGACCCCAGCUCUUUCAGCAGCGACAGACGGACCCGGCGCUCCGGACGGGGGAGCAGGGCGCCGAGCAGGGUGACGAGGACAACCCACACCCACACGCGCGUGUCGAGGGCGCCAUCCGCCAGGUCACACCGGUCGCCCAGAUGACCUGUUGACAACCCAAUCCGCCACCCAACAUACCAAAGUUCAUAAUGAAGACCACGACGCCAAUGUAUAUACCGAACCCGCCACCUCCCACCAUGAGUGCGACCCUCCAAUACCCUCAUCUCGUAUAUAACUGUUCAGGAACUCCUAUUCCUCUUUCAUUUGGAGUUUUAAGGCGUUACGAUAGAUUCAAAGAGACGAUUUUCAUGAGAUCUGGAUGGAAUGGAGCAGGUUGUUAAUGAAGAUCUGAAGAUACGAAGGACACGAAGACUUGGCAGCAUGCAUGAGGAAUGAGAUAACGGCGAGCCGGGUACGUGUAAAAGGAGGCUGUACCAUGAGACUGGCUGCACAAUUCUGACUGGGUGGAAGUUUUCCGUAGUAUCA